AUGCAAGACAAAGUUCUAUUAUCAUACGUUGCCCUAGACAUAGCUUUUGUCGUCACCGGAGCAAUAAUACUUAUCUUCGCCUUGACAACAAAAGCACAAUUAUCGCAGCCGCCAAACUUAGACAAUGUAGCUAGAGAUUUGAUUCUAGAUACUUGUCCCGUCAAUGCCGCAAUUGCAAAUGCAGUCUUCGUCUUCGCUACAUUUCUUCUCACUGUGCCCGGUAUAGUGAUGCGGAAGAGCCGGGGAUGGCUAAAAAUAAGUGGUUACUUAGUGGUUUUAUGCGCCCUGUUCACAAUGAUAAUCGGCCUCACUCUUUGGUUCGACACGUUAAAGACGAGAAGAAACCUAUCAGAUAUCUGGGACCAACAGGACGUUUCUGUCCAAAGCUUACUUCAAACAAAGUUUAACUGCUGUGGCUACGCAAACAGCACCUCUCCGCCAUUUGUUGUCGACAACACUUGCCCAACGACAGUCAUAGCAUCAAGCAAACUGGGCUGUGUAUCUCUCUUCUCUUCAUUUGCUAAUGGGUUCCUCGAUGUUAUCUUUACUGGGGCGUUUGGAAUUGUAGGAGUUGACGUCCUAUUUGUUCUGGCAACUGCUAUUCUCCUCAAGGACCGUAAAGAACAAGAGAGGUAUCGUCAUAUAGACGAGAAAAAUACCAUGAGAGGAUUUUAA